AGCCCUCUGUGGCUUUUUAAAAAAACAAAACGCAGAGGGGUGUCUUUGCUUUGCCCUGGAGAGGCAGCGAGAGGGUGACGUGUCAGCUCGUUAGGGGCGUGUGCAGAGGAGCAGCUCUAACCUUGCCUCAGGUUGAGUGGGAGGAGCCAUGCAGCCGCCCCUGAGCGUGCCGUUGACGGACGUGGUCAUCUUAGAGACUAUGGACAUACUUUUUAGAAUAAGGGGAGGCCUUGAUCUGGCAUUUCAACUUGCCACUACUGAUGAUUCGUCAACAAAAGAGGCACUGAAGUAUGUUUUCAGUGAUCUUUCAGCCAAACUGGCUUCAGAUGUGCUGGUAUUCAGAAUCUGUCAUAGCUCGGUGUAUCUGUGGCCAAAUAGUGGGGAAAAUUCAGUUGCAACAGAGCUUACAGAUGAUUCUGCAUGUAAGGAGAUACUACGAUUUAUUCAAUUUGAGCAGGAAGAUGAUAACAAACGCAGGUUUUCAAAAAAGAAAGAUAAAAAGUUACAAGAACUGCAACCUAUAGUAAAUAUAGAUCUUAUGCUGGAAAUGACAACUUCGUUAGAUCCUCUUUCUCCAAUCAUUGAAAAGGAGAGCAGGGGGCAUCACUACAUAAGCAUGACCUUGCCAGUUGAUGCUGUUGUCUCUGUGUCUCCAGAAGAAAUGUGGCGGAAUGUACGAAGUCUCCUGGUGAAUGCGAUUCAUACACAGCUAACUGAUAUGGAAAAGUGCAUUUUGAAAUAUAUGAGAGGAACAACUGUUGUGGUGCCUGAACAAUUUCAUUUCAUGCUACCAGGAAAAAAACACCUUGUAACAGUCUCAUAUCCUACAGGCAUUUCUGAUCAGCAGUUGGAGACUUACAGACAGGAAUUACAUAGACGGUUUAAUCUACCGUUUGACAGACCUUAUUUCCGAAGGGCUAAUGCCUAUCAUUUUCCAGAUGAACCAUUCAAAGAUGGAUAUCUCAGGAAUCCACAUGUACAUCUCAAUCCACCUGGUAUAGAGUCUGGGAUGGUGUAUUUGGUAUAUGGCACAUAUAGUUACCAUCAUUACAUGCAGGAUCGUAUUGAUGAUAAUGGCUGGGGCUGUGCCUAUCGGUCUCUACAGACUAUAUGCUCAUGGUUCAGGCAUCAGGGAUACGUGGACCGAUCAAUACCAACACACAAGGAAAUCCAACAGGCUCUAGUUGAUGUUGGAGACAAGCAACCAGGAUUUGUUGGAUCACGCCAAUGGAUUGGUUCUAUCGAAGUGCAGCUUGUACUGAACCAACUCCUAGGGAUAACUUCAAAAAUACUCUUUGUCAGCCAAGGGUCUGAGCUGGCUUCUCAAGGAAGAGAACUUGCUAAUCAUUUCAAGACUGAGGGAACACCAGUGAUGAUUGGUGGUGGAGUCUUGGCUCACACAAUAUUAGGAGUGGCAUGGAAUGAGAUCACAGGGCACAUAAGAUUUCUGAUCCUGGACCCACAUUAUACCGGAGCAGAGGAUUUGCAUAUUAUAUUAGAAAAGGGCUGGUGUGGAUGGAAGGGUCCAGAUUUCUGGAGCAAAGAUGCUUAUUAUAACCUGUGUCUUCCUCAACGACCAAAAACUAUUUAAAUGGCUAUUUAGAUGAUCAUGGUGAACUACCGGAAGUUCUGUAAACACAUAUAGGUACACAAACACACUUAAGCAGUGAUUAUUUAUUUUACCUUAACAUAGUAUUAUGUUGCUCACCACCUGUUAAAAUAAAAAUGCUAAUCCAA